AUGGAUAUGAAAGGUUGUAAUAGGUUACCUCUCCACUUAACUGUUUACCGUCAGGAAUGCGAAGUUAAUAUAUCUAAACAGUUUAAUUGUCAAGGUGCUGAGGCAAAAACAUGCGAGACUGAAGGAGACUGUUAUGCAAAUCCCUUCAAAAAUAUCAACUACGAACUUCAAGAAAACAAUGCAACCGGCCUGUUCAUCCUUAAACUAAAUAUACCAAUUCCAAGAGAUGAAUACCAUUGGAGAUUAGGUGGAAUCACGAUCCACUUUGCAUGGGACAAUAGCAGAAGAUGCUAUUAUAUAAUCUUUCCUAGGAAUUUGAAUCAUCAAGUGUUCAAUGACAAACCUAUGAUGUUAUUUGUGUUUGAUUGUAUUAGCGAUUUACUACCAAACACGAACUAUCUCCUGAGAGUUGCUGCAUCACCAAUUCCUACUAAAAAUAAGGAACGCUAUCAAUGGGAAGAUUUUAUCACUACCCCUCAGAAAUCAAAUCUCAAAGAGCGUAAAAAAAAAGAAUCAAAUCUCAAAGAGUGUGAAAUAGAUGCUACUGAGGUCAUCUGGAGAGCAGAUUAUAUCAACAUAACUUUGUAUGGAUCGUUAGCUGUUGUUGAAUUUGCCAUUGCACCUCCUGCAUGCGGAUUUGAGGAAUAUCGUAUAUCUUUCCAUUAUUGUCCUUGUCCUGAUAAAUAUCCUCAAUAUAAUAAAAAAAAAAUUUCAAGUGCAACAGAAAAGGUCAUUAAUGGUGCAUUAAGAAAUGUUAUUACUCUGGAAUUUAUUAAUAAAACAAAUGAUAUUGGAACCUAUCAGCUGAAUAUAAGGGGAAGUUCUUCUGAUAAUACAAAAUCCAGUUCUACAAAAACCAGAUAUGUAACGGUUACAGGGCCAACGACAGUAUCAGCACCCACGACAACAGAGCCAACGACAGUAUCAGCAUCCACGACAACAGAGCCAACAACAGUACCAGCAUCCACAACAGAGCCAACAACAGUACCAGCAUCAACGACAACAGAGCCAACAACAGUACUAGCAUCCACGACAACAGAGCCAACAACAGUACCAGCUUCCACGAUAACAGAACUAACAGCAUUACUAUCCACGACAAACUCUAUAAAACAUCAAAUGAUAUAUACUGGUUUGGGCUGUAUAAUUGGUGUUAUACUAGCUGUUUUUAUGUGUCGACUGAGAAGAAAACAUCGCAAUGAAAGUGUUGUUGUGCAAACUUACCUUCAAGACGAGUCAAAAUCUACAGAAUUGUCAAGCAGACAACCAUCUAUAUCUGAAAGUGGCCCACCUAGUGGAUAUGAGUUGGUUAGCUCUGGCGAUCCAGAUAUAAAACAUGAUGCAAUCACAAUUUCUUCUCAAACUGCAACAGGAGUAAAUAUAGAUAUUGUCGCAUCGGGCUCUGUCUAGAAUCUGAUAAUCAGCUGCCACCCUAAUCAUGAAUGUUGUGUCCAAGUAUACUCUAUUAAUAAUGGCGAGUCGAGUGGCCGAGCGGUAAGGCAGGGGCGCCUUUAUCAACAGCCUUAACAUCGUAUAGACACUGGUUCGAGCCGCUCCUCGCCCAGAGUUCGGUUGGUAGAACUAAGUCUUCACCGGAUAAGGACUUAAAAUGGAGGCCUACACUUCUGGCAAUUU